CCGACCAAUCAGAUGAGCGAAUAUUUGUAAAUCGUUGCUUGCAUACAAAUUCCGAUGAAAACCGCCUUUUUUUGAAUUAUAUUUAAUUCCUACCAAUGAGUCGUAUUCCUCCACCUUCCUCUUCAUUAAAGAAACAAGAUGAAAAGCUUUCUGUUUUCAAGAAACCAGUGGUCAAACCAACAGUGGCAAAGGCUGGCAUUAAAAGACCUGGAGAGAGUCAGGUUGCUUUAUCAGAAAAGAAGCAGAGAUUUAAUACGGGGAUCACUGUAAGAAAAAAUGUUAUAUCUUCAGAAAAUGCCGUUACAAAAGCUGCCGUCUUUUCCGAAAAAGCUAAAAGGGCUGCUCUCCAGCCCAUAGCUGAAAGUGCACUGAUGCGUGGAAGUAUGCCUGCCAUCAGUGUAACAUCUGGGAAAUCCAAGCCUAAAAGGCCAGCUUGGGAUUUAAAAGGCAGGAUACAAGAUAUGGAAGAGCAUUUUCAAAAUGCUCAACAACUUAAUUUAAAUUUGAAUGAACAGCUUUUGGCAUAUAAUCAACGAAUUCUUGCUUUGGAAGAAACUAAUAAACGCUUGCAUAAAGAUGUCGAAAUUAAAUCAUCCCAAUCAGAAGUUGCAUCAUCACAAGCUAGUACUUUGGAGAAACAGCUGAGAGAAAAAACAGAAGAGUAUGGAAAAGCAUUAAAAGAAAAAGAUGAUGAAAUAUCCAAAUUGAGAGAAAAAAUUUCAUUCCUAAAUAAUGAACUUGCAUCAUUAAGGACGUCCCAUGAUAAUUUACAGAAUACAUACCAACAAGAGACAACAGCAUUAAAAAGCACCAUUACCAGUAUGACAUGUGCCAAGUCUAAUUUACAAGCACAACUUGAUGCUACAGAAGUUCUUGUAGAAAACCUACGAGAAGAGAUUAAGCAACUAACAAAACAAAAAACAGAUAAAGAAAAUGAAAAUGAAGCUCUUCUAAAAAAGAUUGCCAAUUUAGAAUCUAAACUGCUUGAAGAAGAGAGCACAAGAAGAAAGCUACAUAAUGCCAUUCAAGAAUUAAAAGGUAAUAUUCGUGUUUUUUGUCGAAUGAGGCCAGCUUUGCCAGAAGAAGUGAAAAACAACAUUCAAUUGGCAAGCAUAACAACUGCGGACAACAAAAUUAUUGAGAUUCAUCAAAUGGUUGAUGUUGGCAUGAAUGAUAGUGGAAAAAACCAAAAGAAAUAUGAAUUUUCAUUUGAUUGUGUUUUCCCACCUUCAUCUACCCAACAAGAAAUAUUCGAGGAAAUCUCUCAGUUGGUCCAGUCUGCUAUUGAUGGAUAUAAUGUUUGUAUUUUUGCUUAUGGACAAACAGGCUCUGGGAAAACCUACACUAUGGAAGGGCCAGAGAAUAUAACUGACUUCUCAUCAUCAGAAAAUGAGUCUCACCUCGGCAUGAUUCCAAGAUCUGUGCGCCAGAUUUUCAGACGUAUUCAAGAACUGGAGCCAAGAGGAUGGAAUUACCGUGUUGAAGCAUAUUUCCUUGAAAUUUAUAAUGAACGCAUUCAAGAUUUAUUAAAUCCAGAUUCAGUGAAUGGAAACACAAAAUGUGAAAUUAUUAAAUCAGCUGGAAAAGGAAAUGACAUUCUUCUUUCCAAUGUUACUAUUUCACCUGUUACUUGUGCACAAGAGGUUUUUAACUUAUUGAAGAAGGCUCGCAUAAAUCGUGCUGUAGCUGCUACAAAAUGCAAUGAACACUCGUCUCGAUCUCAUUACGUCUUCCAAUUGAAAAUAUUUGGAGAGAAUUCGGUGACUGAAGAGAAAUGUGAAGGUAUUUUGAAUCUUGUUGAUUUGGCUGGAAGUGAAAGAGUUAAAGAAUCAGGCUCUGCUGGAGACCGUUUAACUGAGGCAAAAGCAAUAAAUAAAUCUUUAUCCAAUCUUGGAAAUGUAAUAAUGGCACUCAGCAAAAAGGAAAAUCAUAUUCCUUAUCGAGACAGUAAGCUUACACAUCUACUUGCAAAUUCUUUAGGUGGCAAUAGCAAGACGCUAAUGUUUGUUAACAUAAGCCCAGACAACGAAAAUCUUAAUGAAACUGUUAAUUCCUUAAGAUUCGCAACAAAAGUAAACCAAUGCAAUAUUGGAACAGCCCAGAAAAGAGUAAAGAUGUAAAUUGAAGGACAUAAUAUAUAUUUUUGUGAGAUUACAUUAGGAUCAUUAAUAUUUUUUUGAACUAUAUUAUUUUAAAGAUAUUUGUAAUCUAAGUGUGUUUUGGUAGAACUGUAUUUUAUUUCUCUAUGUACUGUUUUUUAUUCAUUAGCAUUUAUACCAACAUCAAUCUAACUUCACUGUACAUAUGCUUUUUUUAAAUUUUAAUAAAAAUAAGUAACUAAUAUUUCUUUGUUUUAAUGCCAUCAAGUUGUAUACAAGGGGCAAAAUAGGCUCAAUUGUUAAAAUUAUUUUCAAAAUAGAAUCUAUAAUUCGAAAGGCACAAUUUUGAGAAUGGUAUAUAAUUAUUUAUUAUUUAAGAUGUCUUUUGCUGUCUGAUUGCUCUUAAAAUCAAAAUGUUUACUUGUGAAUGUAUCAUAUUAAGAGUUGUCGAAAUCAGUUUAGCAAGAUGAUGUGUUUCAGUCAUUAAUGUAAAAGUAUUUGGAAAUUUUUUUUAGGGUUGGGGGGUUAUUGAAUAUUUACCUCUUUUUUACAUAAAAUGUUAUUUAUUAAUGCUUUUUCAUAUGAAAUGUUAUUUAUUA